CUCGAGUCUAAGAGAAAAGGAGAGGCAGGGAAAGAAAGUGUCCCAGACCAGACAGCUGAUCACACCCGGGAGAAAAGUCUCUUUGCUCUCAAAGUCUAUGCAUAGGAGUUGACUCAUCCGGGCGUAAAAUCUGCUCUAUUUAUUUUUACAUUGGUACUCAUUUAAAGUUUGCACUGGAUUUUUUUUUAUUAUUAUUAAUAUUAUUGUUUCAGAUCUUAGCUUUUUGAAUCUCAAUAGGUUAGAAUAAAUUUCUGUGAAUUUCAGUUUACGUGAUCCACGCACCUGGACUUGGUCAGUUUUUUUUGCAGAUAAUAAUAAUAAUAAUAAUAAAUCUCUGAAGCUAGACCUAUUUCUUGAAGGAUUAUGAUGUUUUUCGUGCGCGUUGCGCUGAGUUUGAUUGCUGCUCUGUGCGUAAACGCGGCGCAGAGCGCAUGGGAGGAAACGACGCUCAUCCCAGUUAAGCUCAACUCCUACAAGAGCGAAAAGGAGUCGCCUCGAAGCCCAGAGGCCCAGGAGAAAGAAUCGGAGAAGCUUUUCUAUCGCUUGGACAUCUUUGGGAAACAGAUGGUGUUGGAGUUGGAGCCGGAUCACACUUUCCUGGCGCCUGGGUUUGUGUUGCAUGUGGUGGGGAAGCCGGAGCGCCAGCAGGGGUUUGACAGCUCGGAGGAGACGCGCUGCUUUUACACAGGAUCUGUGAAUGGAGACAAGAGCUCUGCUGCUGCUCUGAACGUCUGCCAUGGACUGAGAGGUGGCUUCAGUUACGGUGGUGAAGACUAUUUCAUCCAGCCCGUCAAUGCCACCGAUGAAAGCAGCGUUUCAAGCAGGGACCUGCACAUCAUUCGCAGGAGAAAUCGGCGCCUCCAUGGUGAGAUCGGUGGCUCCAAGUGCGGUGUCCGAGAGGACGAGGAGAAAGUCCCUGAGCACCACGAGACGCGAUCAGAUCGGCCUAAAGAGCUCGCAUCAACUCCAAAUGAGUCCCAAGCACACCAUCGAGCCCGUCGUUUUGUGUCCACCCCGCGAUAUAUGGAAAUCAUGAUUGUGGCAGAUCAGUCAAUGGCGGAGUUCCAUGGAACUGGAUUGAAGCCUUACCUGCUAACCAUAAUGGCAGUAGCGUCUCGCCUUUACCGCCACCCAACUAUUCAUAACUCUAUUACACUAUCUGUGGUAAAACUUAUGGUGAUAUAUGACGAAGAACAGGGACCAGACGUCUCUCCGAAUGCUGCUCUCACCUUGAGGAACUUCUGCCAGUGGCAAAAACAGCACAACCCUCCCAGUGAUCGUCACCCAGAACAUUAUGACACCGCCAUCCUGUUCACUCGACAAGAUCUAUGUGGUGCUCACUCUUGUGACACAUUAGGAAUGGCUGAUGUUGGUACAGUGUGUGAUCCAGAACGAAGUUGUUCCAUCAUUGAGGAUGACGGACUUCAGGCAGCUUUCACUGUUGCACAUGAGCUGGGUCAUGUAUUCAACAUGCCCCAUGAUGAUGCGAAGCAGUGUGCUAACAUCAAUGGUGACACCUGGAGCUCCCACAUGAUGGCGUCUACUCUUUCCAACCUGGACCAGUUGCAGCCCUGGUCUCCAUGCAGUGCACUGAUGAUCACAACUUUCCUGGAUAAUGGCCAUGGUCAGUGUCUGCUCGACAAGCCACAGAAGCCUCAGCAAUUACCCCAAGCCCUGCCAGGUUCAGUGUACAGUGCUGACUAUCAGUGCCGUCUCACAUUUGGUGAGGAGUCACAGCAUUGCCCUGACCUGAGCACCACCUGUGCAGCUCUCUGGUGCACAGUCACUACUACAAAUGGUCUUCUGGUGUGCCAAACCAAGAACUUUCCAUGGGCUGAUGGAACUCCAUGUGGGUAUGACAGCUACUGUAUGGCAGGCCAGUGUUUGAGCAGUAGUGAAGCAGCAAGUUAUCAGACCCCGGUCAAUGGUGGAUGGGGAACUUGGGGACCAUGGGGUGAGUGCUCACGUACCUGUGGUGGUGGUGUGCAGUACUCUUUUAGGGAAUGUGACAACCCUAUGCCCAAGAACGGAGGCAAAUACUGUGAGGGUAAAAGAGUUCAGUACAGAUCCUGCAAUACAGAAGACUGCCCUGACAACAAUGGUUUAACUUUCCGUGAAGAGCAGUGUCUGGCCCACAACGAGAUUUCCUCCCAUGUGACAUUUGGCUCAGGUGAAGGUGUUGAAUGGGUACCAAAAUAUGCUGGCGUAUCACCCAAAGACCGCUGUAAGCUGGUUUGCAGAGCAAAGGGAACAGGCUACUUCUUUAUCCUCAAGCCAAAAGUGGAAGAUGGAACUCCCUGCACCCCCGACUCCACUUCUGUUUGUGUUCAAGGUCAGUGCGUUAAGGCUGGAUGUGACCGUGUGAUUGGCUCAAAUAAAAAAUUUGAUAAAUGUGGUAUUUGUGGAGGGAACGGAUCCACCUGCAAGAAAGUGUCUGGAUCCUUGGAGUAUGCAAGACCUGGCUAUCAGGAUGUUGUGACAAUCCCUGCAGGUGCCACCCACCUUGAUGUCAAGCAGCGAUCCGCUGGUGCCCGUCGACAUGACAAUAGCUACCUGGCUGUUCGCCGGCAAGAUGGCACCUUCCUAAUAAAUGGUGACUACAAGCUUACAACUUUGGAGACUGACAUCUUUCUUAAAGGGGCACUUCUGCGCUACAGCGGUUCCUCAGCCUCUCUUGAGCGCCUCCGCAGUUUUGCUCCUCUUCCAGAGCCACUGACAGUCCAGGUACUGUCUGUAGGCGACUCUCCUCGGCCCCGUGUCAAGUACAGCUACUUUGCUCCGCGUCCAGCUUCCACAAACCGACGUCCCAUCAAUGCCAUCAGAGAAGCAGGAGGUGCAGAGUGGACACUACGUGAAUGGGGUCCCUGCUCACAAACCUGUGGUGAAGGUACACAGAAGCGGGACGUCCUCUGUCUAGAUGCCCGGGGUCGACCAUCACAAGAUUGUCCUGAAGAGCUGCGUCCUUCUUCCUCUCGUCCCUGUACCACACAUGCCUGCCCAUCCUGGGUAGUGGGUGAGUGGUCAGCCUGUUCAAAGACCUGUGGCCGAGGCUUCCGGAAACGUCCGCUGCACUGUGUGGGUCACGACGGUCAUGUUUUGCCCCAUGACAGUUGCCAUGCAAAAGAUCGGCCACGACCCUUGCUGGACAUAUGCAUCCAGAGUGCUUGUUAAGACUGGUUAGGACUAGAGACAAUCUCUGACUGUAAAUUCUGCUACUCAUUGUAUGAAGCAGAUCAAUGCAAGUUUGGGAUCCAAUGGGCCCUCCAUGACGGUGACUGCAAUUAACCUUGAACCAGCGCUAUAUCUCCCACUGCUCCAGUACUGGUUGCAGGACACAAAGCUGGCACACUGUGUACCUGUCUGAAAAGCUGGGAUAGAGGAACAGUAUAAAAAACUAUAAGGACACCUCAGCUGCUUUAGGUGCUAAUGACAUGCAUAUAGGUCAUUGAGUGUGAGUGUGUUUUUAGAGUGAAUGGCUGUCUGAAAAACUCUAGCAUAUGUCUUUGUACUGUCUGUCUGAGCUGGACUGGACAGAUAGUUGCUAUAUGAGAGUAUUUGUAGAAUAAAAAAAGGUAAUUUGAUGUGAACAUAUUGGAAUCUAUUAGUAUUUGGCUGGGACAGAAAGAUGCAGUAAAUGAGACCAUACUGAACCCUUGUUGAAUCCCAUUCAACAUCUCAGACUACCAAGACACACAAGCUGCUAUAAUACACAGCAGGUUUCAUGUAUGUAUUUAUAACUAUAGCGACACAGUUAGUACACAGGUUGCUGUAUUUGCAAGUUUUCAAAGCAUACCCCAUUAUUAACUAACAAGGAUAGAAUGGAGAAAUGCCAAAGAACAUGGUUUCUGUAUCUGUGUGUGUGUGUGUGUGAGUGAGUGAGUGAGUGAGUGAGUGAGUGAGUGAGUGAGUGAGUGAGUGAGUGAGUGAGUGAGUGAGUGAGUGAGAAGGCAUAUAUGGAGGGUGAGGGACUUCUCUCCUGCUACUACUUCAUAAGUAAGUCUCUCGUGCCUUCCAAGAAGGUGUCAUCUUUUUGUACAGAAUAUCGAAACAUUAUUUAUUUUUGUACAGCCUGUGAAAUAUAAUCUUGUGGCUUUUUUAUUAUUAUUGUUGUAUUUUUAUUUGUUGUUAUUAUUAUUGAAAUAACAGAAGGAUGUAGAUUAUAUUGGAGUAUUUAUACAGUAUUAUAUAUA